GUUCGUGACGCAGUCCGGCUCUUCCCUCCUGGGCGUCUUCCUCCCCUGGGCUGUUCCGGAUGAGACGCCUCCCUCCCUCCGCCCCUCUGAUCCUCUUAUCAGCGAGUAAGCGGCCAAGAUGGAUGUUGUAAACCAGUUGGUGGCCCAAGGGCAGUUCACGGUACUCAAACAACCGUUGGGAUUUAUCAAAAUUCUACAGUGGAUCUUUGCAAUCUUCGCCUUCUCGACAUGUGGCAGUUACUCUGGCAUGUUCAAGAUGAGCGUGGAGUGUAAAAACCGGUCGGAGAGUGAGCUAGGCAUAGAAGUAAAAUUUGAAUAUCCGUUCAGGCUCCAUCAGGUUUACUUUGAUGCUCCCACCUGUAAGGGAGGGAAACCCGAGCCUCUGUUCCUGGUCGGGGACUACUCCUCCUCAGCUGAGUUCUUCGUCACCAUCGGUGUCUUCGCCUUCCUCUACACUAUGGCAGCCCUCUCUGUAUACUGUUUCAUACUGGAGAAGUACCGUGAAAACUGCAAGGGAGCCCAGAUUGACUUUGUUGUGUCGGCGGUAUUUGCCUUCAUGUGGCUGGUGUCCUCAUGUGCUUGGGCUAAAGGCCUGUCGGAUGUGAAAACAGCCACCGAUCCGGAGAGGGUCAUCACUUUCAUCACGGCCUGUGAAGAACCAGAGAAUCGCUGCCGUGAAAUCUACGAACCCAAGGUCUCCGGCCUCAACACCUCUGUGGCUUUUGGCUUCAUCAACCUGAUCCUGUGGAUAGGAAACCUGUGGUUUGUGUUCAAGGAGACCGGCUGGAUGGCCGCCUUCUCUGGAACUUACGUCCCAUCACAGGAAAAGCAGCCCGCCCCCGAUUCCUUCGCCCAGGGAGGCUACGCUCAGCAGGACCCGUACGCCGGCUCCCAGGGAGGGUACCAGCCCGAGUACGGCCAGCAGGGAGGCGGUUACAAUGAGGAGGGAGGAUACAGCCAGGGCUAUGAGCAGCAGCAGCAGCCCACCUCUUACGCUAAUCAAAUGUGAGCCUGUCCAGCCAAACCACAGCUGCAGGAUGGGUGACCUUGUGAUUCUGGAGUGUGGCUCUCGAUCACCACCUGCAUUUCCACACUCCUCUGUGUGUCUGUUUGUGUAUCUGUGAGUUGACAGGCGGAGGGAGGGCGGCAUGGAGGGCAGAAACUGGCGGGGCCUGGGGAGGGGGACGCUACCGGGGGGAAAUGGGUCUUUGCUGUAAUAUGAUGUUUAUUCUCGUGAUGUAUUUAACUGUAGAAGACAACAGAGGAUUGUCUGUUUGGUUAUACGAGAAAAACUUGAAUACAAAUACCAAAACAUUCGUUUGACGAACAUUUAAGAGAAAUCUUGUAAUGGAAAAGACUUACAUUUAUGGGGGAACAAAAAAAAAAUUGUAGUAAUAUUUAACUUGGGAGAAUGUAUUUGUCUGUGCUGUGUAAAUAUCAACAUGCUGAUAUAUAUAUAUGAUUAUAUGUACACAGUUGAAUAAUUGUGCACUCCAUAAAAGUUGUUAUACAACAAAUGUUGAGCACAGAGUUAUUCAAUUGCAUUUACGUUGGUUCUGUUUAGGAGCUCACAUAGUUUAGCCUUUGCCCUUCAAUCCUCUUCAAUUAUUCAUGCCAUAAUGUUUUCAGUCAUUCAUCUCAGAAUCUAUUAACAUCUAUUUUUUUGUGAUUUGAUCAGCAUCACUGACAGGAUUUAAGAAGGCUGCUGAAAAUAUGAUGGCAAAUGUUGAAAGUAAAAACAGAGAAUUAUAGAUAUAAAAGAGUAAUGUAUAGUAAUAACAGUGAAUAGAUGAUAGUAGUGGGUUUUAAGUGGGUUGUUUCAACUUUAUUUAUGUUUUUAUAUAUAUUUUUCCAUCAAAUAUCACUGUCAAGCGAGGAUGAACUCUUGUGAUACAUUUUAAAUCCUGACAUAUAAGAUCAAAAACUUGCAUAGGUUAAGAACAUUUGUGAGCAUGGUAGCAUCUCAUAUAUUUGCUGUGCUGUUUCAGAAACCGCUAUAGUGCGCUAUCAGUAUGAAAAUUGUGAAUCGGGGGGGGGGGGAGGGGGGGCAGUGAACAACAGAUUUAGUGUGUGUGUUUGUUUAUUCGUUUGGAUUCGUGUAAUGGCAUCAAACUCAUUUUGUCGAUGAACCCUCGUCCUGUUUUCGAUCGCCUGUUAUGUGGUCCGGAAAGUUGUAAGACAGAGUCAUAUAGUUUUUUAACUGGUGUUUCUAUCACGCUGUAAUCAGUGGCGUACAUACUCACGUUAACAUUAACCGUAGGCGAAUGAGACAAAAGUAUAUUAAAGUAAACACAUAUUAUUAUGAGGCGGUCUUGUCUCCAUAUAUACUUCUCCUGCAUCCUCAAUCCUUCUUUAUCUCUCCUCUUUCUGAAGGUGAAUUUACUGCAUGCGUCCUUAUAUCCUAAAGCAUCCCUGAACAUAUUUGAGAGGCUUAAAGCUGCAGGAAAGUUAGACUACACAGUAACACCGUGCGAUCCAUCAUAGUGGUUACCGCACAGCACAUAACAGCAGCUCUGCUAUAUUCUACUCAAAGCACAAAGUAAGUGCUGCAAUAAUGACUUCUUUCCAGAUAUAAAUACCUGUCCUACUGCCAAUCCUCUGUUUGGAUAUACAAGAUCGUGUUUGCCAAAAUGGUAAGAGAUGUGUCUUGAUUGGUAGUUUUGCUUCCACAGUCCUCAUCAGGAUGACUUGUUGUCCAUCUCCAGUAGAUAUCGAUCCAUUGCACAGCCUUGGAUUCACUCUUUUUUGGUUGUUUUUUUUAAUCCGGGUUGAUUCAGGCGGUGUAGAAGCACCUCUCUCCUCCUCUAGUCCCCCCCCCCCCCCUACACCUCUGUUUUUUUUCUCUCUCUGUCUUUCUCUCUCUUUCACUGUAGCUCUUAUAAAUAUGCUGAAAUGAAAUAUACUCUGUUGUUAGUGGUGAAUGAUGUCUUGUGAUACUCUCUACGCCUUUGGAUAGUGCUGUGUUUAUUGUGUAUGAUGUAUUCAUAUUAGUAUUUAUGAUAAUGAUAAGUCAGAGAACAAAAAAAUAUCCAAGACUCUCCAGAAUUCUGCUGUAUUCUUAUUAUAUGGGAUCCAUGUGAAACAAAAAUGAAAUAAACUUGAAAUUAUUCUGUUGAA